CAUAUCAUUGUCAUUGAAUUGUCUUUUUGGACAGCACGAAUAGACGUCGAAAACGAGUUAAUUCGUUCGCAGCGAAUAGUUUGCCCAAAAUCGCGAAUCCUUUCCGAAGGAAAAAAAUAGCAUGCAUCGCAGAGCAAUCAACCAAAGGAAGGCCCGAAGAGACCAUACUGCACCCAUCUCGUUGUUCGAAUCAACCUUUUUGUGCAUUUGCAUCGUAGCAAUUGCCGUUCCCAUGCACCAUUGUGCAACGGCGUUUUCUUGUCUGAAGGCUUCCGCUCACCACAAAAUCAACCCUCGAACGAACGCAAUGGUAAAAGUCCUCGAUCGAGCCAAGUUCCUUUCGGCCUCUGCGGCCACCUUUGCCUCUGGGACGGCGGGAUUUGUUGCUGCCAAUACCAAUCCGGAACAGUGCGAGGCCAAGGCCGUUGCUGCCGGGAGCCAGWACCCUCGCUACAUCGACAAGGAACUCCAGAUGUCCCUUGGAGACGACGGGAGUGGUAAUCCCCGUACCCGGGGCAUUCUGGUGCGGCGCAUGACGGGAGAUUCGACCCCGUAUGAGUUCCCCGUACAACCCGUUCGGCUGGUCCAGACCUGGCCGGAGGAAUGGCCCUUUAAGGAGCAAGACUUUUCCCGGAGCGAUCCCAGCAACGACAAGGGAUUUUACACCAUUCCUAAGCUGGUUUACCACAUUGACGAACCAGCGGUUGCCUCGCUCACACAAUACUACCGCAAAAACAUACCCGCCAAGUCCGACAUUUUGGACAUUUGUUCCUCGUGGGUCUCCCAUUACCCGUUGGAAUUCCCCGAGACCAUGAAGAGCAUCAGUGCCACCGGCAUCAGCGGUCUCGAACUGGGAUUCAACGAUCAGCUGACGGGUGGAUUCGAGGCCCGAGAUCUCAAUGAGGAUCCAACGCUUCCCUACAAGGACAACUCCUUUGAUGUGGUGACGUGUGUCGUAUCCAUCGACUACCUGAUCGAACCCGUCAAGGUUUUGAAAGAAGUUCACCGUGUGUUGCGUCCCGGGGGCAAGGCCAUUAUCUCUCAAUCAAAUCGGUGCUUUCCGACGAAGGCUAUUGCGAUGGUCCGUACGCUGCUGUUAUUCCUGUUUUUUUCAUAUUCUGUUGCAUAGCCAAGCUUGUUUCGGUUGCAUUAGGAUGUACUUCGGACUUCUCACCCUUCGUCGUGUUUCUUACCGCUCAUGCCUUGAYUGCAGUGGCUACAAAUGAAUGAUCGUCAGCACCUUGAAUUGAUCAAUGGGUACUUUCAGUAUGCGGGCGGUUUUGAACCCCGCAAAGCCUUUGAUAUCACAGCUACUCUUCCAGAUAAUGGAUACCGAGAUCCCAUGUUUAUCGUCGAGGCGGUCAAAGAAAGUAAAUCGGAUUAGUACGACGCAUACUUCGGCACAUCUCAGACCCUGCUAUGGCUUGUAAUCCUAUGCAGCAACAAAACGCAACAAAAAGGAACAAAACACAUUGCACCGCAACACAACGCAGUGUCCAAAUACCGCCUGAGAUAAGAAACAGGCGGUUCCUUCGAUUUCGAAAAAUGGUUUUCGAAAUAACAUGGGACUAGUCCAAAUAAAACCAAGUCGUAUAU